AUGGCCGAACAACACCUCUCCCGCCUCCUCCUCCUACCAGCAGAGAUAAGACUGGCCAUUUGGGAACUGAUCAUGAUCCACGACCAAAACCCCUCAUCAAAAACAUCAUACACACCCAACCAAUUCCACCCGGCAAGCCUUCUCCGAACCUGCAAGCAAAUCAACCACGAAACAACCCCAAUCCUCUACCAAUCAAACACCUUCCUAGCCCAUCCAACCCUCCUAAGCUCCCUCCCCUCCUUCCUCCUACGAGCACAACCCACACGCCUCACCCUCCCUCCAGUGACCUCAUCCCGCGUAGCGCAGCUCAUCAAGAAAUUCUUCAUCCACGUCCGUCUAGACGUCGACCCCAGAUUCUCCAGCCUACAAGCCACAGAGAGUUUCACAGGAGUCGAAAGUCUCGAAAUCGAAGUCUUUCAAUCCAUGUAUGGGAGCUGCGAUUUCACCAAUUUGAGGCUUUUUGAAAAUGUGAGAGGGGUGGGGAAGGCGGUUGUGCAGGGGAGUAUUGGAGAUGGGAAUUAUGCGAAAUGGUUGGAAAUUUGCCUUAUGAGUCCUGUGGGAUCGGAGAUUUGUCCGUACACUGAGAAGUGGGUGGGCGGAUCGAAGAGUUCGGAUGCCUGGCAGAGAGGGAUUCGGUAG